AUGACGGGAUUGAACGCCUCCGUCUCCGCGGGUUGGUAUACCUUCUCCAACCUUGGCCCCAUCACAACGACCUUCACCCCAGCUCCGAGCUGUACUGCAUCUGGGCGUAUGAUGCUUGGUUACUUGGUUGACGAUGGAAAUUAUUUGAACCUCAAGUAUGGUGCAGAGCCCACCCUGAGGAUCAAAUUCGACGGCUGUACGCCAUCUCCCUCGCCGACAACCACCGCCACACCUGAGACAACCAUUCACCAUCUUUCCGAAGCACAAAAAUCUGCUUUUGCAGCUCAAUAUGUAGAUUGGGUUAACCGGGAUUUCUAUUAUUCUCCUGGCCUGCACUGCCCUUCAGACUGGGAGACGAUUGGCUUGGUAGCCCGCGACGCCAGUAGCUCGCUCAGUUCAUCGGGCAUCUAUUUCGCUACCACCACUACAACUACCGACACAAAGGAUGACUACUAUUACUACAGAAAUGACUACGAAUAUCCUGCCUCCGUUCUGAAGGGCAUCUUGGAACCUAAGGAGACAAUGGUGGCAUGCUGUCCAAGCGGUAUGACUGCCGACAAAGGUGGCUUCUGCUACUCUGAAAUUGAGGGCUAUAAAGCUACUGUUGGCUACCAGGUCGGCGUAGGAAACAACUACGAAUACGGAUCGAGUACAGAGAUCUUCACCUUGACGCGAGACAGUUCCUCAGUUCUUCAGACCGAAUAUCUUCUAUUUGAGACAGCUACUACAGCCCGUACAGAUACAUACACGGAAACUUUUGACCGCGCUGAGACGUCUCUCUACAGCGCAUUUUCUUAUGCGCCUGUGAUUACGAUGCUGCAUCACGAGUCCGACUUGAAGUCUGCAACUGCGACUGCGACAGCCACCUCCACAGCUACCUCCAAUGCUGCUGGUAGAAUUUCUGCUCGCGCGUCAGUCUGGGAUGGAUUUAGCUAUGUGGUUGGAAUCUCGGCAGUUACUGCUGCGUUGGGGGCUGCUAUGAUCUUGCCCUGGUAA